UCUUUGGUCUUCUCUUGAAUAACAAUAAUUAUUAAUUACUUAUUAUUUCAUAAGAGUAGUUUAAUUAAUGACUCAUCUAGCUGAAAAUUCCAAAAACAACAACAAGUGAUAUUGAAUCUGAUGACGUAGUUUUAGUUACAUAUUAUUGUGUUUAAUUCUUAAAGCUGAUUUGAAUAAUUACUAUAACAAAAUGAAAGAUUUAGAUCUACCGGAUGCUGAUGUAGUGUUUGGACAUAGGGUGUGUCAGACGUCCAAUGCGAAAUGGCUAUGUCUUGAUAAUAUUUAUCAGAAAUUACAUCGACCGAAUCUACAUGAUAUCGGUGGCACCUAUAUCGAUAACCUCGCAGACUACUGGUUUAUAUAUCAAACAGAAAUUGUUUCAGACAUACAUCUAUUACAUCUUUAUGUAAAUAAUCGUCCGGAGGGCUCUUUUGAUAUAUCUGUCAGCGGUAGCAGUGAUUUAACCAUUAAAAAGAAACAAAAGAAGGCUUUUCUUUCUUCAACACUAAAGUCCUAUAAGUUUAGCAACCGGAGUGAAUUAUCUCAAAAUUACAUUACAACUUAUAGUUUUUCUUCACUUGAUGUGGAGGUUUUAAUGGAUAUGAAAUUGUACAUACCAAUAUCAUUUGGUAGCAAUGGGAACAGUGAAGCAGUUAAUGAAGUAACCAUGGAUUAUGAUUUUAAGUCCCUUCUAACUGAUCCAAUAGGGUCUGAUUUUGUCAUAGAAUCUGCAGAUGGCAGUAAGUUUGAGGUUCACAAGAUGCUCUUAGGUGCAAGCAGCGAGGUAUUCAAAGCAAUGCUCAAAGAAAACACCGCAGAAAGUCAGAAUAGCUACUUGAAAUUGAUUGAUAUAGGUAAAGAGGACCUUCAAUAUAUUUUGGAGUUUAUUUACACAGGCACAAUAGAAGACAUUGAAAAUGCUAACUUUUUAAACCUUUUGACUUUGAGUGACAGGUAUAACCUCACAGGCUUAAAGGAAUUGUCUGAACAUGUUCUGUCCGGUCGACUGACUGAUGAUAACUGUAUUGAAACACUGGCCAUUGCUGAUUUACAUAACUGUGAGGAAUUAAAAUUAAAAGUCUUAAUGUUCAUAAAAUCUAAUAAAACAGCUCUCUACAAUGAUAUGUUCAAUGAGCUUAACAAUGUUGAAUUACUUAAAGAAUUGUGUCAGUUUCUUGUAUCUACUUCGUAAGUAUAAUUUUUGUUGUCAAAUAAUUUUUUUGUCUUACCAUAAAUUUUAUGUUUGUUAUCUGCCUUGAUAAGGUAGCUUUGUGUAAAAAUUCAAAUUAAGUAGUGUAUGAAAUACAUAAAUGUGAUUCAGAAACCUUAUAAAUAAACUUUAUUUGAAUUUAAAA